AAAAACUAAAAGUUGUGUUAACCAAUGAAAGAACAGUUCACAUUUCUGGUGAAAAUGAGUACCCAGAAGUCGUCGAUGAUAAACACAAGAGAAGAACUGAAUGAAUUAGUACGAAGAAGGACCGAAAUAGCGGAUACCCUUGCCAAUCUUGAAAGACAGAUUUAUGCUUUUGAAGGGAGCUAUUUAGAAGAUACCCAACUCUAUGGAAACAUCAUCAGGGGAUGGGAUAGAUAUUUAGCAAAUACAAACCUCUUUUCUAGGAAUACAAACAGUAAGGCAGACAAACGGAACAGAAAAUUCAAGGAGGCAGAUCGUCUCUUCUCCAAAUCUUCAGUCACAUCAGCUGCUGCUGUCAGUGGUAUAGUAGAUACAUUUGACAAAAACCGUGACCGAGACUGCCCGUCCAGUCCAGACUCGCAGAACAAUCAGAACAGUGCCAACACUCCACAGACAAAUGGACAGUCGGACAGCAACGAGUCCAGUCACAACCACUCAGGAAAGCUCCAUAAAGGGGGUGGAGUUAUACGGCACAAGAAAAAUAAAAACAAAAAUAAACACAGAGUUGAAGUGAAACUGAAAAGAGGAAAAGAUAAAUAAGAGUGGAAAACACCUGAAAAGGUGUCAGGAGAAUAAAGACAAUGUAGUGGUCAUGUUAUAUAUAGUCCAGUAUUUAAACAACAUCUCAUUCAUCACAACCUGGGGAUUCUGAUGAGGAACUUAUCCUUUCUGUUGGAGAGGCACUCUUCAGGUUUCAGUGUAUGAAUUCCAGCAACAUUUCCAUCAAUAAAGAACUGCAGAAAUUAUUUUGUUCAUUCUUAGGUAGAAAAAGACUGAAUGAAACAUGUAUGAGGAAGAAAUAAAAUAAAGGAACAAAAUAUAUUUGUAACCACAUAAUGGGUAAGCUCAGCAUAAAGACACUUUAUGGGUUAUUGACAUUGAUCUAAUAGUAAGAACAUUUUUUGUCAUGUAAUGAUCUAAGAUCAUAUUCUGAUCUGUGAAAAGAUCUUUCAUGUUGAUUCAAGUUUGUUAUUUAAUAGGAAUCUCUAAGGAUGAGAUUAAAUCAUGCAGUUAUUUAAUAAGUACAUGUUUUUUUGUACAUCAUUGUCUUACUGCAUUGAGAUCUUUUUAUCAUGACCAUAGUAGUAUUUCUUUGAUCAAGCUUUAUGUAAUAUUUCCCAAGUUCUGUGAUGUAUUUUUGUCUCCUUGUUUUUGCUGAUUAACCUUCAAGAUAAUGAUCAUGUUUAUUUCAACUGUUCAGUAAAAUUCAUGAAUAACAAUUUAGGGGACAUCUUUUGAUUUGUGCUUAAAUUUUUUUUACAGGUAAUUGUAUACUGUGCAAUCACUAAUUUUAGUGUGGUUAAUUUUCGUUGUUUUUUGUUGUAUAAAAAGACUCAGCAAAUUCAUGUCCUACAUGAAAUGUAAAAUUUCAAAUGCAUCUUUACAAUAAUGAAAUCAAAUCAUUACAGACAGACCUUUUUUCCCUCAAACAAUGAAAAUUAAACCCCAUGAAAAUAUAUAAUUUUACAUAAUUCAAUUGGUUUGACAUGCAAACACAAUGUAUCAAAGUAGUCUUUUUUUUUCAUUUUUUUAAUUACAAAAUGAUGCUUGGAUGCAUGCGACAUUGACCAAAUCUGUAAUGUACAUUUCAGAAGCUGUUGUAAAAAUCUUUAUAAUAAAUUAUUUUUGAAAGUGAA